AUGCCCAGAGGCGCCCUGUCCUCCGCGGGCUCCCCGCGCAGGCGCAGAGAGGCCUCGGCCGCACCUGGGCGGCGCCGGGGGCGGGGCUGGCAGGUGGGGGCGGAGACUGCGGCGGGAGGGGGCCCGCCCCGUGGGCGUGGCCUGGCCGGGCGGCGGCGGCGGAGGAAGGAAGAUGGCGGCUCGGCGGCGGCAGCGGAGGCGGCGACACUCAGGUGCCCGGCGGGGGGGGGGAUCGGGGCCCCGGGGAGGGGAGGGGGGCUCCCUCUAGCGCCCCCUCCACCCCCUCCUUCCAAGGGGGCAGAGUCUGGCGCGCCUCUCUCUCCGGGGGGGGGGCUGCUGGGCCUCGGAGCCCCCUCCCCAUCUCCCCCCCUCCUGCCGCCAGGCCCCACCCUGGGAGGCAGAGUCCCCUCCCCCCCCCGCGUGUCCGGGGGGGGGGUCUGUCUAUUUGUGGAGCGGAGCCCCUCCCUCCCUCCCCCCCCCGAUGCGUAAGCGGAGGGAGAGGGAUGCCUUCCCUUUAUCCCCCCCCUCCGAGGAGGGUCCUGGGGCAAAGCUUCUUGGGGGGGGGGCUGCUCCGUCCCUCAGGUGGGGGGGGAUCCCCGGCCUGCAGGCGGACCCCCGGGUGGGGGGGUCCUUAGGGCCGAGGGUCGCCCUCCCCCCCCUCCCUGGAAGGAAAGAGCAGGCUGGCCUGGCAGCCCCCCCCCCGUGGGCCUCCCCCUCCUGCAAUAGGGGGGCACCUCCGUGCUGGCCUACCUGGUGGGGAGGUGCUUCGUGGGACCCCCCAGGGCGGAAGGGGGCUUUGGGUGCGGGCGCAUCCCUGGAAGAGGACGGGGGGGGGGGCGCCAGUAAAGGGGAUUCCACCCUGACCCCCCCACCUGCUUUCCCCCAUAGCUGCUGUGUGGAUGGGACCCGAACCCUAGGAGCCUACACUGCAAGGUGAGCGUGGGGGAGCUUUGUGGGUGGGUGGGGGUCGGCGCCGAGGCCUCUUGGAUUGUGGGGGGGAGCGGCCCUGCUUGGCGGCCCCCCUGAAAAGAAAGAAGGGGGUCAGGACCAGGAGGCCACCCCCCAGAAGCCAGCUAAGGUGAGUUUUGUGGGGAGUGGGGGUGGGAUGGGGUGGUGCAAACUGGAUUGAGGGCAGCUCAUGACAGCGUGGCAUAGUGGUUAGAGUGUCACGCUACCACGAUCUGUGGGGGGGGGACCAGGGCUCCACCCCCCCACUUCCAAGCUCAUUGGAUGUGACCUUGGGAGCCAGGCACUGGUGGUUGUUGUGGCGAUGAAAUGAGGACUAGCCUCUUGUUGAGCAAGGUUCAAAUCCCCACUUGGUGACUUGGGGGGUGCUGUCACCUGAAAAAGAGGCUUUUCCUGACAAAGGACUUGUGAAGUUUCUUGGUGGGUGGGGGGCUGCAGACCCCCUGCGUUCUCCCUCUUGUGUGGGGUGGGCAGCCCUCGAUAGAGCCCCUAAGUGUGGGGCUGCGAUAUAAUCCUUGUGGGCCUGACACCAGGCGCAUCAAAGGGUCCACGGAACCUCUUUUCUGUUUUGUGUGCCCCCCCCCCGGCGAGGGGCCCCUGUUUUCUUGUGGGUGCCCCGUGGGGGGGGGGAGUCUGGCUGCUCUGGGUUGCCCUAAGAAGCCGAUCAGUAGCCGAUCUUUCUCAAAAAAAGUUUUUUAAAAAGAUUAAUCUGCGGAACUCCCUGCGACAGGAGACUGAGAUGGCCUUGAAAGAGGAUUGCGUAGGUUCGUGGAGGAGGAGGAGAGGGCUGGACGUGGCUCCUAGGUGGAGACAAAGACCAGUUGCAUUCUGGGAGGGGCUCUGGGGCUCAGAUCCUGCGCCUUGGUUUUGGGGUGCUGGGGGGAGUCCCCCCUUUUUCCUGCCAGCUGCGUUGUGGGGAGGGAAAGGGGCCAAUCCUGCUCUGCCUCUCCUCCUUCUCCUCCAUCAUUUUUCCCGAGUGAGCUGAGCUGCCGGGGUCACCUUGGGACACAGCCGCCUGCACAACGUGCCCAGACAGAGGGGGGUUCGUUGGCAGGGGGGGCGGCCUCCAAGGGGGCGUCUGCCUGAACGGGCGUUUGCGCACACCUGUGCCAGCCCUGCCCUCUGAAUUCCCAGCCGUUGCCUUCUGAAUAUCCGUGGGCGGAAAGGGUACCUGGCCAUGUGCAGAGUGUUUUUCUUCCCCCGGCACGGCAGCUUUCUGCCUUCCUCGGUCUCAGAGACAGAGCAGGUGCUUGGAAUGUAGAAGAUUCAAUCCCCAGGUUGGGAGAGAGACCCCUGCCUGAAACCCUGGACGGCUGCUGCCAGUCUGUGUGGGCAGUAUGGAGCUAGAUGGAGCUGGCUCAGCUGAAGGCGCUUUCCUGCCCUGGCCCGCCCUGUCAGGCUGUUGUGCCCCCCUCCCUGUCACCCCCUCGGUCUGCUGCUGCUCCGGCAGCCCUGCCAACUGUGCUGAGAUUCCUGCCUUGCGGGGGGUUGGUCUGGAUGACCCUUGGGGUCCCUUCCAUUGCUCCCGCCCUCUGAUCCCAGAGCUGUUCUCAAGGACAUCCCGGCCCCCGAAGAGCCUCUUCCAGGCUAAAUUUAGCCGCGAGGGUGUGGCGAGCCGGCCCUCGUCACCCUGGCCUGGCAGGGAGGAGGAGAGGCAGGGCGAGAGGCAGCCUCUUGGAAGGCGUCCUGGCCUGGCACCGCCCGUUGGCAGCUCCCUCCCUGGGCAUGGGGCCCGGCAGCGGGCACUGGGGCAGCCGCCCGCUGGGCAGGUUUAAGCAGGGCUUUGAUCCCGAGGCCUCUUGGCUGCCCCUCCAAGUCACCCCACGUGGGAGGCCCGCUUUGCCCUGGCAGGCACCCUCCGCCUUGCCCGCCUGGCAUGGGCUCCUUCCUGCAGAGGCGCUGGGCACCAGAGCCCCUUCCCCACUUAUCCCGCUGGCACUCAGGAGCCUUUUCCUCCUCCGUGAAUUUGUCCAGCCUUCUCUGAAAGGGCUGCCUGGAUUAUGUGGCUCUCGCUUUCUCCUGUGGCAGGGAGUUCCCCAGCACAACUCUGCGCUUUCUUUUCUCUGCCCUGAAUCCUUCCAGCCCUGAGAUUCAUUUGUUUAUUUCGCGAGGUUUAUGCACUGCUUGAUUGAGAAACAAAACCAAACCUCAAGGCCACCCGGCCGGAUGGGCAGGGUAUAAAAACAGUAUUGAUUAUGAUUGAGCGGUUUACAAAAAGAUAAGAAAACCCAGGAAGAAUUGCGACCGGGCUUCAAAGCAGAGAAAACUACCGAAAUGGAUUAGAAUUCCUUCCGCUUCCUAAGCAUCUCUACCUGGUUGUGUGAACAGGGAUGUUUUCAGGAGGGAACUGGUGCAGUUUCAUAGGAGGCCUCUGAGUUUGAGAGCCACGAGAGAGGUAGAGGGGCUCUGGCCACCAAUGGGUCUUCAGCAGGGGGGUUAAUAUGUGGGGCAGGGUAGGGUGUGUGGGGGGAGCUCCUUGCAGAGACCCCCUGGCCCUGUUCCCCUCUGGGCCCCGGUCGGCCUGCCCCCAAAGGACUGGGCUCUCCCCCAAAGUGCUGUGCCCACACCAGGCUGGCAAACGCGGGGGGCAGGCGAGCCCCCAAAUUCCUUGCCUCCUGGGCCAGCUGCCUCCCCCCCCCCAUGCCUUUUGGGGUGGGAUUGAUUGAUUGAUUGCCGACGUUCGAAACCUUGAUCGCACCCGGAAAUUCGAAACCCCACCAUUUGGCAAGCAUGGAAUAAAGUCAAUAUUGCAAAAAAAGGGGGGGGGUCCUGGGCCAGGCUGAGCCCCCCCUCUUCCCUUCCCAGCAUGCUCCUCCUGCUGCAAAGGGUUAUUUCUGGCUGGCCUGACUCACAGCUCCGGGGGGGGGGGGCAGGGGGAGUCGGUUGGCGCCUCCGAGAUCCAAAUACAGCAUGUGUGUGUGUUUUUUUUGGGGGGGGGGGAGAUUCCUGCUGUUUCUCACCGCCCUGCUUAGCUCUGCCUCUGUGGCAGGUUAUGUGGGUUGGGUUGGGGGCUCUCAGGAAUGCCACCCUCUCCCCCCCCUUCCUGUGUCUUCCUUCUGACCCCAAGGAAGGGUCCAGUGUGGGAUAGAUUUAGUGUGUGCCCCCCCCGGCAUGGGUGGCAGCCUUUAGCCUGCCUGCUGGGCCAGAGGGCAGGGGAGGAGGUCUGAGAAGGGUAUUUUGGGGGCAGCUGAUGGAAGACUUGUAGCUGGUCCCUGAAGAUGCCCCCAUAAGUGAUUCUCAAUUCUCAAGAAGCUGGCUCAGUUUUCCUGAAGUGCUCCAAACGGCUUGGGGGCCCCGGUUCUCCCACUGCGGUUCCUGCAUUGAAGCGGGUUGGACUAGAUGGCCUUUGGGGGACCCCUUCCAGCUCCACAGUUCUGUUUCUGCCUAGAUUUAUCUGCUAUUUUAAAAUGAGGCCUCAUUUUAACCUGUAAAUUGGGGUUUUUUAUUUCUCCCUCUCUUUCCCCCCCAUUAUGUUUUACUGUGAUUUUAUUUUAUUUCUGUUAGCCGCCCUGAGCCUGGCUCUGGCCGGGGAGGGUGGGGUAUAAAUAAAAUUUAUUGUUAUUAUUUAUUAUUAGUUCUGGGGUGCCCCCCCCCCCAGUUUCCUUAGCCAGACUCCUGGGGCCUCAUUCUGCAUGCCAGAGCGGGCAUGAAUGCCCGCGAGGAGGGAGUUCCUCUGCACGCGCGCAGAGUGCCCUCUGCCCUCCCCUGAGCCACUGUCUGGGCCAGAGGGCAUGGAUCUCUCUCUCUUCUCAAGACUCCAGCCUCCCCCCCCCCCAGCCUCCUUGGCCCCCAGCCCAGGCCAGCGCCCUGUGGAAUGUGCCGCAAUUCCUGUGGGCUGGGCAGGCUCAGCCUGUGUCAGAGUUCGCCCUCGCCUCUUCUUCCAAGGGGUGUGUGUGUGUGUGUCUUUGGAGGAGGUGGGGGAGGGCUGCUUCGCUGGGACCCAGGAGUCCUGGCUUGCAAUGCUCAUGUUUCCCUCACCCCACUUCGCCAGACAUGCCGGCUCUCCCAAGCAAAAUGAGGACUCCCUGCCUGGAGUCCAUAGCAGUGUGGGUCUCCCUAAAGGUCAUCCAGCCCAACCCACUGCAAUGCAAGGGGGCUGGUGGUCAUGCUUGGCCUCCUGGCUUGGCUUGGGGGGCUUCGAAAGAGGACCACACCUAUUCAAGGAGGAGGAGGAGGAGAAGAGAUUGGGUUUGAUAUCCCGGUUUACGGGGCCGCCUCUCCUGGUCUGCUCCGCAGAGGACCUUAAGGUCCAUGAAUAAUCAUAGUUUAGAGGUCCCUAGGGAAUUCAGAUUAUCCUUCUCCAAGGCCAGGGCCUUCUCAGUGGCGGCUCCGACCUGGUGGAAUGCUCUGUCCCAUGAGACCAGGGCCCUGCAGGAUUGAACUUCCUUCCGCUGGGCCUGUAAGACAGAGCUAUUCCGCCUGGCUUUCAAUCUGAACUCAGCCUGAUCUUUUAUUCCCCUUCCUCCCCUUCUUAUGAAGAUUCCCCGCUCUGGGAUCCCACGGCUAAUUCUCCCCUGGUCUCCUCGCUGGCCCAAAUAGGACUAACUUAGCCAGCUAGCCCUGGUGAUCAUCUCCUGUUUAUUGGAUGGAUUUCCCCCCGAAACUGAUUUUUGAAUUCUAAAUUCAUUGCUAUUCAUGUUUUAUACUGUAUUUUAUGCUGUUUUUUGUUGCAUCAAUUAAGUGUUUUAAAUUUGUUGUUAGCUGCCCUGAGCCCGGGAAGGGCAGGGUAUAAACAAAAAAUUAUUAUUAUUAUUAUUAUUAUUAUUAUUAUUAAUUGUUACCUGAAAGAGUCUCAAAGUGGCUUACAGUCUCCUUUCCCUUCCUCCCGCACAACACUCUGUGGGGUGAGUGGGGCUGAGAGACUUCAGAGAAGUGUGACUGGCCCAAGGUCACCCAGCAGCUGCAGGUGGAGGAGCGGAGACGCGAACCCGGUUCCCCAGAUUACGAGUCCACCGCUCUUAACCACUACACCACACGGAGGAGGAGAGAGGGGAUCUUGGUGGCUCCUAGCCAGGCUGGCUGCCCUCUGACUCCACCGCCAGAAGCUCCAGGAGGGGAGAGCGUUGCCCUUGUGCUUAAAUCCCGCUUGCACGUUCCCUUCAGGCAUCUGCCCAGGAGACUGGACUCGGGGGGCCCCUGGCCUGACCCAACGGGCUCUUCUGAUGGAGCCUCCUGGCCCAGGGACAGUCUAUCUGGAUUCCUGGCUUGAUAGGGGCAUUCGGCUGCUGUGAGAACAUGCAGCUCAGGCCCUUCGGACGUCCUUGUGAGUCCUUGUGGAGGCUGGGAGUUUGUGUGGCUUGGAGGAGGUCACUGUUGGGUCCUCCCCAGCCCCCUGCUUCUGUGCCUAAGGGGGGUCUUCUUGCCUGACACUCAGAGCAGGAGGCUUCCUUCCUUCCUUCCUUCCUUCCUUCCUUCCUUCCUUCCUUCCUCUCCUUCCUCUUUCCUUCCUUGCUUUCUUCUUUCCUUCCUUCCUUCCUUCCUUCCUUCAUCUUUUAUCUCCUUCCUUCCUUCCUUCCUUCCUUCCUUCCUUCCUUCCUUCCUUCCUUCCUUCAUCUUUUAUCUCUUUCCUUCUUUCCUUCCCUUCCCUUCCUUCUUUCCUCUCCUUCCUUCCUUCCUUCCUUCCUUCAUCUUUUAUCUCCUUCCUUCUUUCCUUCCCUUUCCUUCGUUCCUUCUUUCCUCUCCUCUCCUUCCUUCCUUCCUUCCUUUGGCAGCCACAGCUCCUGCCCCACAACGUCCAAUACUCCUUCCUGGGACAUGUUUCAGCAGAGGUAGGGUGGCCACCUGCCCGGGGGGCGGGUGACAUGACCCUGGGGGUCCCUUCCCUCUCUCCUGGCCCUGCCCGUGGGGGACCUUCUGCCCCCUGGGAGCCAGCGGUCGUGGGCACCCUGCCCGGUUUUAGAACCAGGUCCUGAACGAGGAGGAUCCCCCUGAUCUCCUGUAGGAGAUUUCGGAGUUCAGAGCAGCUGGGGGGGCUGUGGAGGGGGGGGAUGGGGGAACGGAAACCCUGAAGAGCAGUGCUAUGGGGUGGGUGCCUCCCCCUCCCCCUCGCCUUCCUGAUCUGGACCCUCCCAGCCCCAGAGCUCUUGCUGCUGCAAAAGGGAAAGCAACCUGCCCUGCAAAGCCCGUGAGACUGCUGAUCCUGAGGGAUCUGGUGCCUGGAGUAGAUCUUAGCAACCUCUCCCCACCCCCCUUGCAAAACACACUUGGCUUCUGGCAGAGUUAUUGGGGGGGGGAGAGAGAUUUGGGUCUCCUGAGGCCUCCCUUUGCGCCUCUCGAAACCCGGCUUGUUCCAGAUAAAUAUCCCCAAAGAGGAGAUGGCAGAGUUUGAAAAGGUUCAGAAAGGGAGCCAGGGAUGGAGGGACUGUGAAGGGAGGCAGAAGCAUUGGGGACUUUUUAGUUUGGAGAAAAGGCCAGGAAGCGGCGACACGGUGGAAGCCAAUAAGGUGAUUUCUGGGAGAUUGGGGGCAGGUAAAAGGAAGGACUCCUUCCCUCCGCAGACAGGUGAAUCUGGGCCACCGUCUCUCCCCACCUGCUGCCUCUUCUCCUGGGCAUCCUGCCUGGGAUUUCGCUGCCGUCUCGGCUCCUGCUAUUCCUGGAGGAAAGGCAGGAACACGAUCCUCUGGGGCCUGGCUCCCGGCUGGCGGACGGGGCGGGAGGAAGUCCUUCCUUCCAUCUGCCCCACACCCUCCAACCUUCAGCUUUCUUGGAUCUGCACAAGUUCUGGAAUUAGGAGAGAGGGAGGAAAACAGACCCAGCCUGGCUAGUCGCCUUCAGUGGCCCUCUCCUCCUCCUCCCUCAGUUGGCUGGACACUCUUUUAAAGCUAUCUAGGCUGGGGGCUUCCUGUGGCAGGGAGUUCCACAGUCCCACUUCCUCUGGUCUGUCCUGAACCUCCCCAAGUUCAGCUGGAGGUCUGCAAGUUCUCCUUGCUGUGAAUAAUUCUACAAGUACCUAUCCUUUUCCCUUCUUCAUUUUAUUUAUUUGUUAACAUUCUUAUAUUACAUCGGUAAACGUUGUCAUAUUACAUUACAGGACUUACCGUAAUAUAAUUUCCAACGUGUAUACAAAAAUUAUAUACAAAUUUUAUAUACCUAGAAAGAAAACGAAACAAAAAAAGAAAGAACAAAGAGAAAAAACAAAAACAAUUCCCCCCCCCCAAAAAUCAUGCACAUGCCAACACACUAAACUUCCUGUCUAUCCCGUUCUAUAUUCCUUUUCUACAAAUGAAUGUACUCUUACUAUUGUAUAUUUCUGUACAUUUUAUCUAAUACAUUCUUAUAUCAAUAUGUGCUCUUAGUCUUAUUUCUCUACUCGGUCUCACUCCAACGUCAAUCAAAUGUGACAAGUGUCUGUCCCGUUGCCUCUCCCUUUCUCCAAGCUAAAGAUUCCCAAACGCCCCGCACUUUCCUCGCAGGAGUUACUUCGAUCAUCUCAAUUGCUAUUUUUCGAACCUUUUCUGCUCUGCAAUCUCUUUUCUGAACUGAGUCAUCAAAGGCAGGGCUCCCACCCAGCGCAGUCGCCCCAUAGAUCCCUGGCUGUCCCCGUGGCUGUGGAGCGUCCGGACGAGGCUGCCUCCUCCUGGCUUUGCCCUGCCCUAACAAGGGGCAGAGUCCACGCUGGGGGGGUGUGGGGCAGCGGCUGAUCUGCUUUUCCGCCUUUGCUCCCUGCCUCCCUCCCUCUCUUUGGGCAACCGGUGAGUAGCGUCUCUGGGGAAGGGGCAGCUCUGUGGUGCUCCUCCACACUGGGGCUGGGGGGGCCUCCUCUUUCGCCGUGUGUCAGCUGUGGUGGGGGGCAGGUGUGUGCCGUGGGGCUCUGAGCUUUGGGUGGCAGGCACGGAGGGCUGAGGUUCACCUGCCGAGCGGGGAUUAUGACCUACCUGGGAAUGCAGCCAGCCAGGAGAUGGAGGACGGGGCGGAUGCGUAGCUGCUCUGCCUGGUUCCCCUUCACCUUGGGCCUUAAAGGGGGCACGCCUGCCCCCACGGCAGGAUCCAGCUUUGGGCUGGUUAAGAUGGAGGGGGCAGGAAGUCUGCCGUUGACCCAGAGAACACGACUUUGGGGCCCCCAGAGAAGCAGUGCAGUAGCAGCUGGGGCUGUUCACCCCCCCCCCCCGGCUCCUCUGGUCCAAUCUCAAUUCUGGGUGUGGAUUUUGGCCCAUCUCCAGCUCUGGCCGGUAGCUGCAGUUGGGUUGGGACUCUGAGAUUAAGGCUCACCUCUUUGUCGGAAGUGUUGGGAUUUGAACCGUGUUGAUGCUACAGGUCGCCUUUUUGGGGACUGAUCCACCUGAGGUGGCAUAGCUGGAAACGCAAAAUCUGUUCUGCGUGGAAUUGCAAACCACACUCUAGAAAACACCAAAGCUUCUGAAAAUAGCAGCAGUAAAAUACGAGCAGCGAGCAGAAACUGAGUUUUAAACAGCGGUUAACUCUGAAAGCAGCCGAAGUAUUAAGGAACGGCUGUUUGGCCCCGGAGCCCAUGUGGAAAGGCAUGCCUGGAGAGAGAGGGGCAAGGGUGUGGGGCUGCCCCCCCAAAAGGCCCUGCCUCUGGCCCCCGCCAGUUUAAUGGGGCUGCCCUUUGAGGGAUGUGUGGAGGGGCUCAGAGGCUGAUCUUAAGGGCCUUCGAGUAACUUGCUCACAAAGCCUUCUGAAAGACAGGGACUGCCCAGGGAGACUUUUGGGCCCUUGGAUGAUGGGGGAGACGAAGGAGGGCUAAAGGAGGAGAAGAAAACUGCAGAGAAGCCAAAGCAGUUCUGUGCGUCUGUCCGAGAAACUGAGGCAGACAGUGGGGAGGAGGGAGGAAUUCUUGGCUGGUAGAGAAAGACUGAAAAUUGUCCAGAUGGCAUUCCUGCAAGAUCUCAAAGAAACGGGAAAUUGCUGGUCGAACAAAAAUAAGUAACUUGUCCCUCGGAUCAGCCUCCAUACCUGAGGACUGGAAAGUAGCCAACGUAACACCCGUUUUUAAAAAGGGAUGCUAGGAAUUUCAGGCUGCUUAGCUUAAUUCAUGUCUUGGGAAAAGUGGUGGAAUGUAUUGUUAAAGAUAAAAUAACCAAGCAUAUAGAAGAACAAGCCUUGCUGAAGCGGAGUCAGCAUGGCUACGGCAAGGACAAGUCAUGUCUUUUUGGAACAAAAUAGUAAUAAAAAAUCCUUCCAGUAGCACCUUAGAGACCAACUAAGUUUGUUACUGGUAUGAGCUGGUAUCUGAAGAAGGGUGCAUGCACACAAAAGCUCAUACCAAGAACAAACUUAGUUGGCCUCUAAGGUGCUACUGGAAGGAAUUUUUUUUAUUAUUUUGUUUCGACUACGGCAGACCAACACGGCUAGCUACCUGUAACUAAAAGUUUUUGGAGUUCUGUGAGUGUCAAGAAAUACAUGAAUGCUUUUGUUGAGAUUCCUGCUUUGCAGAGGGUGGACUAGAUGACCCUAGGGGGGCCACAUUUGUCGAGGAUGCCAAAUUGUUCAGGGCCAUUAAAACCAAAAGAGAUUGCAAGGAGUUCCAUAAGGGCCUCUCUCCAAAUGCAGCGAGUGGGUCAUCAAAAGGCAAAGGCUGUUCUGUUUGAGCAGAUUCCAUGCUAGGGAUCAUUCGAAAAGGAGCUGAACAAAAAUCUGCCAACUUUGAGGUGCUGUUGUGGUGCAAGGUCGGGACUUCUUUCUUUUUUCUCCUCCUCCUUUCUCUCUUCUCCUCUCCUCUCCCCUUUCCUUUUGCCUUGGCUCCGGGGUUUGCCUGGCCCCGGAGCGCUGCUGGGCAGUCGACCGGGUGGCCGGGCGCUCUCGUACCCGGCUCAAUUUGGGUCGUGUGUGUCAGUGGCUCCCCCAGUUGACGCACCGGCGUCCCCGGUUCCCCUUUGGUAGUGGUGGCGGCAGCGGCAGUCUCAGCAGCCCAAAGCCAGCCUAGUAGCUUCAGGAGCUGCUCGCUGCCGUGGCGCCCACCAUGUUGCCUCCCUGGAAGUCCCCAUAUGAUGUGUCUUGUGCUGUUGAACCAAUCACGCAACAUUCAUUCCCUACUAAUAAAUCUACAACACUUAAAAUAUAAAUUCGGGGACAUUAAAUGAAAUCCGGGGACGGAUUUUGUCCAGAAACAAAUUUGUAAAUCUGGGGACUGUCCCCAGGAAAUGGGGAUGUCUGGUAACUAUAGAAUACUCUGCUCAGUUCUGGUCACCUCACCUCAAGAAGGAUGUUGUAGGAUUGGAAAAGGUUCAGAAAAGAGCCCCCCCCCAAGUGAUCAGGGGGGUGCAGUGGUUGCCCAAGGAUUUAUAGCUCAGUGAAAGGCCGGGGAAGAGGUGCUAGAAGCUUAUAAAAUGAUGCCUGGGCUGGAGAACGGGGCUAGAGAGAAAAAAAAUCCCCUUUCCCUUCCAGUGCUAGGACUUCUGGGCGUCCAGUGAAGCCAGAUGUUGGAGGAUUCGGGGCAGAGAAAGGAAGACCCUUCUUCAUGCAGAGUUGAACCGUGGAACUCCCUGCCACAGGAGGCCAUGAGGGCCACCCACUUGGAGGGCUUUAAAGGAGGAGCAGGCCAGUUCAUGGAGGAGGAAAGGGCUAUCCAUGACAAAUAACAGGGCUGGGCCAUCUAUUGAUAUAGCGUCCAAAUCCUGUUUGAAAUCCAUAUUGUGAUAACGAUUUCAUAAUUUUGGAGCUGGCAAUAUAUCGCGAGUCAUGAUGUAUGUUUGUGUGCUAUGCAAAAAUCACCAUUCAGGGAAAGCCGUGAAGCCAGUCGGUGCCUCUUUGUAGCUCCAUCCCUAUUUCAGACAUCGUGAUGAGAUAACCGGUAUAUCGCGAUGUUUAGCUGGUGAUCAAUCACAAUAUUGGAAACGAGAUCUUGCCGCCCCCCCGGCUCUUCUCUGCAGGAGGGGGCUGUUGCUUUGCCCAUGUCCUUUUGGGGGCACCCCACGGGCACAUCUGGCUGGGCCCUGUGAGAACAGGGUGGGGGGCUUGGGGCCCCCUCUUGGCCUGAGACCCUGCUACCUAUGCCAGACCCGCCAGGCAGGAGCCCUCAUGGCAGCCGGGAUCUGUGCCCAGCCUGCUGCAACCCAGAGACCUCCGCCACUCCCUCUCUCGCAGAAGGCGCCAGCCUCUCUUGGGUGGACUUCAGACUUUCCCUGGCCUUGAGGCGGAAGGAAUUUCCCUCGGUUUAUUUCAUCCUCUGGCCAGGACGGACGUGUUUGGGAUACGUGGAAACGCCUUUCCCCGGGCCUCUAACUUGCGCCAAAGAGCCCCACCCUUGCCAGUGGCGGGAGGGAGGGAGGGCUUGUGGGUGAGGGCAGGGCCUGAUCCCGCUGCUGCUGCCAAGGGCGGCAGCUGCUGCGGCUGCUUCUCCUCCGUUGCCAAGAGGAACCCCCCCCCCCGGGGGGGGGGCCAGUCUCCUCCUUGGCCUGCGGUUCUCCUGCUUGUUUGUAAGGUGAGAACUUGGCUCGGCAGCCGUGGGUCGCCUGGCAUUCUGCCUAACCCCCCCCCCCCAGCUCAGCCUCACCUUGGCGGGGGAAGGAGAUGCCAGGCAGAGAGGCUGCGCUCUGAUCCUGCUCCUCUUUUUCGUGUCAUCUGGGGAAGCUUCCCUAGAAAGAGACCCAGCACAAUAAGGAGAAAUACAAUUAAAAGCAGCGCCUCGUUCCUCUUCCGGGACUGAAAUAAACCACCAGAAGCAGAAGUGACUUUUUUUUAAAAAAAGUGGGGGAAAUUAAGUGUCUCCUGCAAUAAAUCCUUGAUCUCUAGGACAGAGGGGCUCAGAGAGAAGGCCAAGGGGAGGGCUGCUCCCCCAAAGACCCUUCCCCCUUGGGCUCAGCUGCUGGAUCCCCUGCGGUUGCUGGCAGCCAAAGCCCUGGCAGGUCUACAUGAGAGUAAGUGGCUCUUGGGAGUCCCUGGUUGCAGGCUGAUGCAGGGCUUUGCAUAAUGCACAUAGCCAUCAACUUUUCCCUUUUCUUGCGAGGAAUCCUAUUCGGAAUAAGGAAUUUCCCUUUAAAAAAGGGGAAGCAUUGACAGCUAUGAUAAUGCAGCUGUUUCCCUGGAAGACGUGAAUGUUUCGCAAUGGCUGGUGGCCGAGGGGCCUUCAGAGCAGAGCUAGCAAAAUUCAGCAUAAAUCUGCAGCUUGGUCCCGAACCCGUUCCCAAGAGGACCAGCGGGAAAAGAGGCCGGAUGCGAGAACUCCCGGGAAGGCCAAAAGUUGGAAGAUUCAGAGGAACUGGGGGACUCCCUGCUGCAGGAAGCGGGGAUGGCCAAGAACUCGAAUGGCCUUCAAAGAGGGUGAGAUAAAUUCAUGGAGGGAGCUCCGUGGCUCCUAGGUGGCUCAGGGCCUCCAGACCUUCCGCCUGUCCCCUGAGGCCCUUCUCUAUGGGCCCCCCUCCCAGAGAGGUCCGGAGGGCGGCAGCAAGAGAACAGCCUUUUCUGCGGUGGCUCCCUGGUUUGGGGGCACUCCCCCCGGAGAGGCUUGCCUGGCGCCAUCCUGAAAUGCCUUUGGGCGCCAGGAAGAAACAUCCCUCUCUCCCCAGGCCUUUGGCCAUUCAAUAAUCGAUGGCCUGUGAAAGUGAGGCAGAGAGGACUUUUUUACGAUAAUUGUUUUACUAUUGGGCUGUCUGUUGGUAUGAUUUUUGUUACGUUUUUAUCACUGGUGAUUUGUAAUGGGUUUCUAAUGUUGUUAGAUCUUAUGUUCGGUCUUUGGGUAAAGGGAGGGGCAUAAAUAAAAACAAAUACUAGCCACAAAGGCUAUUAAUAAGAACAACAACAACAAUAAUAGUUUUAUUAUUUAUACCUUGAGAGUCCCUGCUUUUGUGGUUGGAGGAAACAGUGAGUUUCCUGGGUGCAGUGGGGAUUUUAACCCUGGUCUCUCGCAGGUUACCAUAGUCUGCCUCUCUAACCACUGUGCCACACAGUCUCAUUUGAGGUACCUGGUGUUUAGGAUCUCUGAAUGGUGGCAGCCAGGAGGGAUUUGUCCUGAACGUCUGAGAAGCUGCUUCUGAAAAUGCCUCUUCUGUUUGAUCUCCGGAUGAGUGGGGGGAAGGAGAUGGUGACAUAUCUGUGGGGCAUCUCUGGGGCAGGCGCCUCAGACCUCUCUUGGUGGGGAGAGAAGGAAGGAGUGAGGUUUUAGUUGCAGAUCCUAUCUUGGCUUAACACGACUCCAAAGAGCAGUUGCUCUUUGCCUUUAUUUUGCUUCUGCAGAACCUUUCAGGGCAAGGAGGGAGGCAUCGCUGGGCUGAGCAGGAGGUCAGGGAAUUGUAGGAAUCACAGCGGAAGAAUCCCAGGCAGGCAGCCUUGCAGCUCAGCUGGCUUGAAACAGCGGCAAUGUCUGCCUGGCUGGCUGUCCCCAGCAGAGCUUCCUUCUUGGGCGCAGUCUACCAGUGGCAAAGGCUGGAUUAUGGGGUGUUUCAGAACUAGCCCUUGCCCAUCAUGUCCGGGGGGUGGCGGCAGGGGGCGGGAAAUGCUGUUUCUUUUCUUUGCAAAGUUGCUCAACAUACAUUUUUCAGAUAAGCACACACACAUAUAUAUAUAUAUAUAAAGAACAAAGAGGAAAAAAGGAAGAAAAGAAAAAGAAAAAAAAAGAAGAAAAAUUGGAAAAGAUUCUUCCAAAUUUCUUCUACAAAUAUCUCAAUAAUAAAACUUCAUUGAUUGACUUCCAUCGCUUACACUGCACUUCCUAUCUGCUUAUCUGAAAAAUAUAUGUUUGUAUGUAUUUUGCUUGUAUUUUGUAAUAAUUAUGUUAAAUAAAAUUUUAAAAAAAUUAAAAAGGGGGGGAGUUGCUCAGCAUAGGAGUGGGUGGACUGGAUGACCCUUGGGGUCCCUUCCAGCUAUAUGAUUCUAUUAUUCCUUGGAGGUUUUUAAGCAGAGUUUGGAUGGCCGUCUGCUGGGGGUUCCUUAGCAGGGCUUCCUGCAUUGCCGGGGGUUGGGCUGGAUGACCCGCAGGGUCCCUUCUGACCCUACAAUUUUGCAAUUCCUUUGAAAGAGUUUGGAAUACAACAUAUAUAGAUAGAUAGAUAGAUGGAUGGAUCAAUAGGAGAGAUUGUGGAAGGUAGAUAUUAAAUUUGCAGCAUACUUAGGGAGACCAUCAUGAAGAUGUUAUAUAUAUGGCAUUGUACCCCCUUGAAACUAGCGAAAAUGUAUAAAGGAGGCUCACCGAUUUGUUGGAGAUGUAAAAUAGAUGUGGGGUCAUGUGGUGGACUUGUGCAAUCGUUAGGGAAUUCUGGGAUAAUAUAUAUAAUGUAUUUAAGAAAUUUUUCAGACUUACCUUUCAAAAAAACCCCAGAGAUCUUUCUUUUAGGCAUUUUACCAUUAGAAAUUAAAAAAAGACAUAAGACCACUGUUCAUGUGUGCCACCAUAGCAGCAAGAAUUCUGGUGGCGAGGAAGUGGAAAAAUGAAACAGUACCAACAAUCACAGAUUGGCAGAUACUCGUGUAAGAAUAUUUACAACCAGCAAAACUGGAGGGAAGAGUUAAAGGAGUAUUCAACCAGAAAAUAUUUGGAGAAUGGAGAAUAUUUAAGGAUUAUAUAAGAUCAUAUUGUACCAACCACACCAUAUUAGCAGAACUUGAGUGACGCUUGUAAACACAACAAAGUCCGUUUGUGGAGUAGACGGGAACAGUAUGAAAGAAUAUAAAACUGUGCGGGGGGAAACGACAGUAUAAGCAGUACAAUGAGAAUGAUUGGGAAACUCGUUUUGUCAGAAUUAAGCACUUAUUUAAGUGCUUAAUUAAGUAUUAAUUAGGAAGGUUAAGUGUUUUCUUUAUGUACGUAAAUUUGCUGUUUCUUCUUCUGUUUUUUUCUUAAUUGUUUGUUCUUUAAUUUUCUUUUUGUAGUAUGAGAUUGUAAAUUCUUUGUAUAAGUGUGUAAUUUAAAUUAAGAAAGAUUAUUAAGAAUAAUAAUAAUGAAAGCGUUUUGACAUCCCAGUUUGAGGUCACGGCUCCCGCUCACUCCUUCCUCCCCGCGUUCUGUUUCCGCAGGCCGGGGCUUCGUCCGAAGCAGCAUGGCGCCCCCCCUGGCCACAAGGACCUGCCACCCCCCCUCCUUGCCCGCCCCAUGCCCAGCAGCUGCCCUCGGAGGAGCCAGUCCAGCGCACGGCCGCCUGUGACCCCUGACUGCCCGCCACAGCCUCGCCCCCUGUGA